AUGGAUGCGUGGAGGAGGACGGCGGAGCGGCGCCAGGGAAAAGAGGAGCCGGCGGAGGUCGGCGUCAAUCGGAAGGUCAGGGGCGAUGCGGAUAGUGGAAAAUGGUGGCGGGGGUCGCGCGCGGCGGGGGAGGAGCAGGCGCCGCCCUGCCUCCCUGUCUCCGGCGCCUCCCCAGUCUCCGGCGCAUCUCCAGUAUCCAGCGCUACCCCGCCUCCAUCCCCGCCUUCUUGGUCUGCCGACAAUGCCGCCCCGGCCUGCUUCCUCCGCCUGAUGCGCGACCGCUGUUGGGAUUCCCUUUCCCUGCGCCACUGUCACCCUGGACAAGGUCAGCCGCCGCCACCCCCUGCUCCUCCCCGUCCACGCGAAGGCACCGGCGCCACCUGGUCCUACCCAUCGAUGCGAUGGCGCAACGCCGCCGUCCACAGCUCCUCCCGCUCUGACGCGAGGACACCGGCGCAACCUGGUCCUCCCCAUCGAAGCGAGGGCGCGACGCCGCUGCUCCCUGCCCCUCCCCCUCCGGCGCGUGGCCGCCGCUCCGUCCCUGCUCAUCUUCUCCAGCGCAUGGACGCCGCUCCGCCCCUGCUUCUUCCCGACCGAGGAGAGUUCCUCGCGGUUGCGACUGUUGUUCCGAUUGUCAGGGUAGUCAUAUCUUUCAACAAGUUCGUUCGCCUUGUGAAGCCAGAGGAGUUCUUCACGCCAAUGUCGAGCCAGUCAACCUGUCACAUUCAAAAUAAUGCCCUGCUCCCGCCCCACUCCCGCCUCUGCUCCCGCCCGCUCCCGCCCCCACUCCCGCCCCACUCCCGCCUCUGCUCCCGCCCGCUCCCGCCCGCCUCCCGCCCGCCUCCAGCCCGCCUCCCGCCCGCCUACCGCCCGCCUGCCUCCCGCCCCCGGCCCGCCAACGCGCCGCCUCGCCUCCGCCCCGCUCCCGCCUCCAUCUCGCCGCCUACGCGGGCGACACCCGGGCGGUAG